AUAUGAAUGUCUGAAAAUGACCAUGCCUUUUUGGUAUACACAAUCAUGUCUAGAUUUGGCUGUUGAAUCGAGGAACAUGGAGUUCCUGGCCCAACAAGCAUGUCGCAAUCUAGUUGGAGAUGUCUGGAAUGGGAAAACAACGAUUGUGUAUUCAGCCCUAACCUGGAUCAAAUUCUUUUGGAACAAAAUGCAGGCUCCAAAAACCAAAUUCGCCUACAAUGUGGUCUCGUAUUUGGUGUUUCUGAUCCUGUUCGCGUACGUGCUGCUGUUUGAUCUUCCAAAAACUGUAUCGACCAAGGAAUUAGUGUUAAUGGCAUGGGUACUGACCAUAUUGGUUGAAGAAAUCAGACAGAUGCAUCAAACGUGUCAGAUGUCUGGUUAUAAGAAGGCUAUUCCAUGUGUACAGCGAAUCAGAAAUUUGAAGAAUUACUUUUUGGAAGGAUGGAACCGCAUCGAUUUAUUAACGAUCGUCAUGUUUUUACUAGGGUUCGGUCUGCGAUUCAUACAAUUUCGAGGCACGUCGGUUGAUUGGCCAAGAGUCGUGCUUGCUGUCGAUUUUGUUGUGUUCUUCUUCAGACUCGUUCACAUAUUCUCUGUUCAGAAAAUACUUGGCCCUAAACUAAUUAUAAUUCGAGGGAUGGUACAAGACCUGUUGUAUUUCUUGGUUAUUAUGGCUGUGAUUGUAUUGGCUUACGCCAUUGCGUCGUACUCCAUUCUCUACGCCGAUUCUCCUGUAACUUGGGAAACUGCUAUACAAAUAAUAAGGAAGCCUUACUGGAAUCUUUAUGGGGAACUCUUUCUAGAAGAUAUGGAAGAUUCAACGGAUUGUACAAAUGACUCUAGCUUAUGGACGAACGGAACAAGUGAACGCUGCCUAACCGAGACUGGCAGGAUUGUAGGUCCCUUCAUGAUGGGAAUUUACCUGUUGUUUUCAAAUAUCCUGCUUCUCAACCUUCUGAUUGCAAUGUUUAGUUACACAUUUACUAGAAUCCAUGAGCAUUCAGACAAGAUUUGGUGUUUCCAGAGAUACGUUAUCGUCAAGGAAUACGCACUACGGCCCGUACUAUGCCCUCCUGUGAAUGUAUUUUGGCACAUAUACAAGCUUUUCCAAUGGUGUCUACAUAAGUGUACACUAAAGCCCUUAGAUGAUCCUUUCCAUAGUCCUUACGAUGAGUGGAGGAUAGAUUGUAUGAAAGAGGCACAGCGCAGAUAUCUGAAUAGGAAAGAAACAGACAGUGACAAUUCGAUAGAAACGGCAAAUGAAAAGCUUGAUCAUUUGAAAAAUAAUGCUGAGAAGGAGGAGGGAUACAGAAAUAAAGCUCUGGAAUGUUUCGAAGCUCUGAAUAAGAAAGUUGAUGGUUUGGAGACGAAGGCUGAGAGGGAGGAUGAGUUUAGACGCCUGGUCCUCAGUCUUCAGGCUCAGCUUAACACAAUGCAGGAGAGUAUCGACAACCUGCAUGGGAAGAAGGCUAACAGCGAACAUAAGGCGGAUGAAAAAACGGAAAAUUUGUCACAAUCAAAUUCCGAGCGAUGCACACACUUUUAACGGGGCAGUAAUGUAAACACCAUACAUUAUGGGUGAUGUCGAUUUAGACCAGUUUGUGAAACAAAGGUUUCUAAUACUAAUGGUCUGUAGGAACGAUGUCUAUUUCAGCUCUAUGGAGUAUGUAUGCUUUAAUCAUCGGGCAAUUUUGAAUACUUUUCUAAUAUAUGUUGCACUUAACUAUGCCCUAAUGUAUUACGUCUUAUAACUACGAACAAUUUACGUUAAAUAAUUCGAAUCGACUGGAGCAUUUCGUUAACAAGUGUGUAUUCAAUUAUUUAGAUUGGCGUAUUUGCGGUGUAUAUACGUGCUUGCUUUUUGCUUCUUGAUGUAUUGAUACGUUUUUGUUUUCAAUGAAUUCAAUGUUUGCACAAAUCGUUAAUAUUCGGUGUGAGUGUAAAUGAAUUUAGAGAAUGGGGAAAACGAACAGCAAUAGCUUCGGUACAAUUGUUUGCCAAGAAAUAGUGUAAUAAAAAGAAAAGUCAAGUUAAUACUGGCACAGUUGUCAGUCUGUACGUGUAUUGCAUAUGCUAUCACCAGUGCACAUUCAGUAUUGUAUGAAUCUGAGGUUAUGGUGUACAAUGUACUUUUUCGCACUACUUGGCCAAAGUAUGUAUGCGAAGAAAUAUGUACCUGUAUUGUAUACCUUUAUAUUAUUGUAAAUGUCCCAGUGCAGUUGUAAACUGUUGGUAUUGGAAGAAUGUGUGUGUUCGAUGAAUGCGUUUGGUAUUGGUUUCGUUUACAAUGUAUUACUUUUUAUGACACACACUGGUAGUGAUAGUAAGUUUUACUAUUUGUUGAUACCGUUUAAACGCUGUCGAUAUUGUUUGCCUUUUAUUGUUGCUUUAUAAAUUGUGUGCCUCUUAUGAU